GGUUAUCUUGAUUGGAUAGGCUCACAAGGCUAUGCAAGGAGGAUCUGCAAGCAAAGGAGGUCAUGGGAAGUAUGCUUAAACUAGCUCCAAUAAAUCACUCCACCGUUCGCUUCCUGACAUUCCCUUUGGACCCCAUAAUGAAACAAGAGGCUUCUCAAUCAGGCGUUGAUGUCGGCCCUUCCGUGUUAAUCCGAGGAGCCUUGAUCAAAUACAAUGAGUUGUACAGCAGACAAAAUUUGGCGUUCCAUUACCUAUAAAAGGAACUUGAUUCUCUCGAGAGAAGCAACCAGCAUCAAAUCGCU